AUGGAAAACGUCAACAUUGGUAUUGAUUCCGUUGACCGUGAGGAAAUCGCGCAGGCUUUGAAGCAUUUGCUGGCGGACAGCUACACCUUGUACCUGCAGACGCACAAUUUUCACUGGAAUGUCACUGGUCCUCAGUUCCGCGAAUUGCACUUGUUAUUUGAGGAGCACUACACGGAACUGGCGGUGGCAGUUGACGACAUAGCCGAGCGAAUCCGAACGCUGGGGGUAAGUGCCCCUGGUACGUAUAAGGAAUUCGCGGAAUUGAGCGCGAUUGAAGAGGUCAGUGAUGUUCCACCUGCUCAAGAGAUGGUGGUGAUUCUGAAAGCCUCACACGAGCAGGUGGUGCGCACCUGCCGCGAGGCUCUAAAGAAGGCGCAGGCGGGUGAUGACGAAUCGUCGGUAGCUUUAAUAUCAGAUCGCAUGCGUAUCCACGAGAAAACGGCAUGGAUGCUAAGGGCCAUGCUGCAGGCGGCCUGA